GCGACGCCGCGGAGCUUGGCUGCUGCCGACUGCUCUGUACACGGGGAAGAAACGUGAGAGUGGCUGCUGAGCCAGAGAGAGCCGCGGCGCGUCGGUGCGCACACGGGCUCCGGGGAGCGCCAGGGGAGAGGAGAAGGACUUACUCCCCCAGCCGAGGAGCAGCAGCCUCCCCCGCCGCCUGCGGUUUCUGCCCAUGACAGCAGCAUCUCUGCCCGCUCCUUUUUAAAAUUAUUUUUAUUUUUGCAAAUUUGCGUAAAGUCUUUGUGUUUUGUGUUUGCUGUUUUUCUUCUUCACGCCCCUGCCAAACAAAGAGAAGGGGGGGCUCUGGGAGAAGACAUGCGUUCCGUCAGGAAGAGGUGGACUAUCUGCACGAUAAGUAUCCUCCUGAUCUUUUAUAAGACAAAAGAAAUAGCAAGAACUGAGGAGCACCAGGAAACGCAACUCACAGGAGAUGGUGAGUUGAGUUUGAGUAGAUCAAUGCUCAAUAGCUCUGAUAAAAUAAUUCAAAAGAGUGGCUCUUCAAUCUUUCAACAUUCUGUAGAAGGCUGGAAAAUCAAUUCUUCUUUGGUCCUGGAGAUAAGGAAGAAUAUUCUUCGAUUUUUGGAUGCUGAAAGAGAUGUCUCAGUGGUCAAAAGCAGCUUCAAGCCAGGAGACGUAAUUCAUUAUGUGCUAGACAGACGUCGCACCCUGAACAUUUCUCAGGAUUUGCAUAGCCUCCUUCCUGAAGUUUCACCAAUGAAGAACCGUCGGUUUAAAACAUGUGCAGUUGUGGGCAAUUCUGGCAUCCUCCUGGACAGUGAAUGUGGAAAGGAGAUUGACAACCAUGACUUUGUAAUAAGGUGCAAUCUAGCCCCUGUGGUGGAGUUUGCUGCAGAUGUGGGAACUAAAUCUGAUUUUAUUACCAUGAAUCCAUCAGUUGUACAAAGAGCAUUUGGAGGCUUUCGGAAUGAGAGUGACAGAGAAAAAUUUGUGCAUAGACUAUCCAUGCUGAAUGACAGUGUCCUUUGGAUCCCUGCUUUCAUGGUGAAAGGCGGAGAGAAGCAUGUGGAGUGGGUUAAUGCAUUAAUCCUUAAGAAUAAAUUGAAAGUGCGAACCGCCUAUCCAUCACUGAGACUUAUUCAUGCUGUCAGAGGGUAAGUGUCUGUAAAAGACUGGUCUGUCCUUGGCACAAUGGAACUCAUAACUAAAAUUUCCAGUAGAUAGAAAAAAGCUCUAGUAAACCUCUAAAAGGGUUUAUGGUAUAUCUAUUAUUUUCAUAAUGGAUUGCAUUUGUUGAUAAAGCUAUUUGUUUGGUAAUAAAUGUUGUCCGCUCGUUGAGUCUGUUCAAAGGUAAACAUUUGGGGUGUUUUAGCUUAGUAACUUUUCUUUUCCACCUUCAUGAACACUUUUAUUAUCAUAAGGAGGAAUUACUGAAAAAUAAGGUGAAUUCAAAGCAUGGGUGGGAAGCUUUUGGCACACAGAAUGCAAUAAAAGUACUUCAUGUUCUCUAUUGGGCCAGGCUGUGGAGGACAAAAAGGAUUGAUAUUUCAUGAGAAACAGUUAGAUUCCAUCUCCAGAAAUGGUGUACUACAAAAGAGUCUGUCUGGCAGAUGUGAAAAACCUGAGCUUCUUUCAAAAUGUUCCCUGUUUUGUCCUGAACUGAGAGCCUUUUGGGCCAUCAAAAACAGCCAACUAGUCAGAAUAACUGAAAGCUUAAAAGUAGUUGUUGUUAAAAGCGAUGUAUGUGUCCAGUGGAGCUAGGAGACUAUUUUUUUUUCAACCAGAUAAAAUUGUGUGCGCUUCUUGGAUGUGGACGUUGUAACUGUCAUUCAUGUCUGUCAUUUUAAUAUUAGAUUACCAUGAUGCACAAAGGGAUACACCUUAAAACCAUGAACUGGAGUUGAUGCAAUAUUUCAGCUCAUCUAUUAAGUGCAAUACCUUGCUGUGAACAUAUUCAACCCAUGUUCCAUGAACUUCACUAGUGACUUGUAGGUUUCCAGGUGUUGUUUAAGGUGUCUAUUUUGAUUAUACAGCCCUAAACAGCUUAGAACCUGCCUGUCUACCAGACCACCACAGCUGAGAUCAGAUGAGAUGUUUGAGCUGAAGUCUCACUAGUAGACCUGAGAAGGAGCUGCUGUAGCAUAGUGCUUUCCAUGAAAAUUGCUUUACAGUUCACUCACCUUCUUGUCCAAAGAGGUUAACUUGGACUACCUUCAGAUGGCAAACUUCGUCUUUUUUUUCUUCAGCCAGUUGAGAAUAGGAGGACAAUUGUUAGAGGGGGAGGUAAAUUUGGUAUUGGAUUGCCUGUUUGCUGUUGGUGGGUUGUCUUGAAUUGUACUGCUAUACUUUAAUUACAUUUGGGCACUGAUUUUGUUGAAUUUUCGGGUUGUCUCUAGUGUGCCUGGAACAUAUGGAUAGGUGAUCUUCAUUUAAUGUGUAUAAAUCUGAAUGAAUAAAUACAUAACAUAAUAAAUCCUUUAAAGUAAGUCCAGAGUCAGUUAACAAACAACUGUUGUAGUAGUAAUAACUUACAUUCUCAAAAGGGACUAGUGAUUAGGGGGCUUACAUUUUGGGUGGCCAACUUGAGGCACCCCAUUCAUUUGGACUUCUAGCUGCACCCCUGCAGCAGGUAUGGAAGUCGUCAUUAUUCAUUGUUCUCAUUUACAGUAUGAAUAAAAAUGAAAGUUCAUCUAAUGAAAACAAAAACUAAAAGUCCUGAGUCUGAUUCAUCCCUGAUCCAACUCCACUGACUUCCACAAAGUGACACGAGGGAUUAAUUUGGCUUCAUGUGCCUGAUUGACACGUAGCAUACAGAUAUAUAUUGAUUAAAUUUAGAAUAAAUAUCCUUCUAGAUUUCCUAAUAGGCAGGCUUUUCUGGCUUUUAAAACAAAAAUUGCAAUAAGGUUUAGUACUAAAUACAAUUUAUGCCUCUGAAAAAAGUACCAUCUCUUUCAUGUUUAGAGAUAAAUCUCAAAAGUUAUCACCACACUAUGUGUCUGGUCUAUGUAUUUCAAGCAGAACAAUUUGUAUGUUAUGGCAGUGGUAGAAGUUGAUAGGCAAAGAUUAAUCUUGAAGACUGGUU